AUGAAGUCCCAAAUGGAUAUUUACUCACUUCAAAUUGUUGCAAAGUACUUCCUUUUAGUUGAAGACUAUAUCAAUGUUAUUCAAGUCAACAAAAAAUUCCAAUACCUCACUGAUAGAUUUCGAUAUAAUCCAAUAUCAAUUUCUAGUUUAAAGUUGUUUCCUUUUAUUGAAACUCUCCACUUGUAUACUCGAAAAGAUGCCGUCUUUCCUUCUAUUCCAAGAAUAGAAUAUCACUAUCAAAUUUCCAUUUCGGAUUCAAUUAAAAUAACAAUAAUGGCAACUCUGAAUCAUACAAAAGUUGUAUUCCACAAUAUUAAUUUAAAAAUAGAAGACUUUUCAUGUGGUGAUAUAACACACUUAUUAUCAGUUGCAAAUACACUUCCAGAACGCUGCUUUCAAAUGUCUUAUUUUACUUCGUUGAAUAUUCCAGACAACAUCACCCAAAUAGGUUGCCAAUGUUUCAGUAUGGCAAAUCGAUUACAAUAUGUUACAAUAGGAAGAGGUCUGACUGCUCUUCCCAACUUUGCGUUUUCUGAAUGUCAAAAUUUGAAAUCAAUUACACUACCAAACACACUCACUAAACUGAGUAUGGGCGCAUUCCAAAUCUGUGGAUUGAAUUCGUUUACAUUUCCAGAAAGUGUCAAAGUAAUAGGAAGUUGCCUCUUCUCAACAAACAACAAUUUGCAGCAGAUUUCCUUUCCAAAGAACAUGAAAGUAAUUCCGUAUUGUGUGUGUUACAACUGCCCAAACCUCCGCACGGUGACUUUACCUGACAAUUUAGUUGAAAUUGAGUUUCGCGCUUUCGAUCAGUGCAAUUUAGACAAAAUUAACAUUCCGUCGAAUUUAUUGUUCUUUAAAAAGGCGUUCAGCUCUCAAAAUCUUUUGAAACAACUGAAUUUCCCAAAGCAGUGUCUUAUUGUUGAUGUAGAUAAAUUAAUUCAAAAUGGAGACAUCACUCAAAACGACAAAAAAUAUAUAGUCACACCUUCACUCUCAAUGAUACCAAAAAAUCUAUUUAUGAGCAAUGGAUAUGUCAAAUCAAUUGUACUCUCUCCUUCUGUGUUAAAUAUUGAAGAAAGUGCAUUUUCAUUUAGUCACUACUUGACAAGUGUAGAGAUGUGUUCGAGUGUUUCGUAUAUUGGAGAGUCUGCUUUCUAUUACUGUGCAAAUUUAAAGGAAGUUGGGACACUCAAAGGUGUUGAGUAUAUUGGAAAGGAUUGUUUUAAUAAAUGCAGUUCACUUGAGUCUCUUUGUUUCAAUGAAAAUGUACACAUUGGAAGUGGCGCACUUCAUCAAUGUGUUUCCCUCACUCAACUAGAGGUGCCACAUACAAACGGAAAUGUUUCUUUUGAAGUGUCUUUUGAUAGUAUUGGGGCAUUUGAAAGUUGUGGGUACACGUGCAAAAACAUUAAAGUUGAUUAUGAGAUGUUCUCAUUUAACAUAGACGCUCCAACACCAACUGAUUUUGAGUAUCCCGUUGGGUGGUGUGGGUCCUUUAGAAGUAGAGUAUUUAAUUCAAAUAAUUUGACUCAGUUUGCCGUGCCAAAUUGUGUGACUUCUCUUGGAAACAGUUUUUUCAGUGAUUCAACAAAAUUGAAAGAACUAAUUCUUUCCAAUUCAGUGAAAGAAAUUGGAGAUUUAUGUUUCUCGGAUUGUCAUAAUUUAGAGCGUAUUACUAUACCCUCGAUACUAACUUUCUUUGGAAAAAAUGCAUUCAAAAAUUGCAAUAAGUUAACUUCAAUUGAGUUUAAUGGAUGUCAACAGUGGAGUGGUUAUGUCACUUAUAGAGAGUUUUUAAUACUCAAACGAUGUGGUAUAAAAUGUGUUAAUAUGUAUUUGGAUUCCAUUGAAUAUGAACAGAUGAAAAUGUUUCUUCCCAUGUUCAAUUGUUUGGAAGACUUUUCUGAGUGUAACAAAUUGGAGUACAUCUCAAUACCAUCAACUGUUUCUGUACUUGGAAAACAGUGUUUUAGUGCGUGUCACUUUUUGAAGGAAAUCAAACUUGUCGAAGGACUCUGUGAGAUCAGAGAAUGUGCCUUUGAAAAAUGUUAUUCACUCAAAAAUGUUAUAUUUCCCAAAAGCCUUCAUACUAUUGGUGAAAAGUGUUUCUAUGGUAAUGUAGCAAUGACUGCGGUAGUAAUUCCUAAUACGAUAAAAUCACUUGGGAGAAUGGCAUUCGCAAGAUGCACUAACUUAAAAAGUGUGAUCAUUACAGAGUCUCUUAUCAACUCAAAUAGUGUCUUUGACUAUUGUUACUCAUUAAGUAAUGUAACUUUAACUCAACACGAUGGAGAGAAAUGCACUGUCUUUGGUUCUUUGUUCACUAACUGCGGGUCUUUGAAAACAAUAGAAAUUCCUGAGACAAUAGAACAUAUUGGGAGAUGUGCAUGUGCUGGGAUGAGUGCACUUGAAAGUGUGGUUUUACCUGAAAAUAUCACUUCAAUUGGAAAAAACGCGUUUUCAAAUUGUACAUCUUUAAAAGAAGUGCUAUUUAAUAAUAAAAUCAAAAAUAUCGAAGCUUUUGCUUUUUUCAAUUGCAAAUCUCUCAAACGAGUACAAUUGCCCGAAUCAGUGGAUCAUAUUGACAAAGAUGCCUUUUCAAAUGAAACUGAAAUAAGAAAGUGA